UGGAGGAGCUCAGUAGUCUGAAGCGCGGUGGGAAGAGACAGGAUUCCAAGACAGAAAGGGUGCAGAAGCCUGCGAAAGAAAGCGACUGAGUUCUGUUCGGGGCGGAGGGAGGGAACGCAUUUAAAGGGACCAAGGCCCAGGAUAAGGUAGACAUUUAAAGGGACAGGUGCCCCAAAGAGAAGAGAAAUUUAAAGGUGCAGAUGCCCAAGAUAGAGCAGACACUAGAGGAUCAGAGCCGACGGAAGUAAGACAAAGUUGUAGGUGCUCCGGAGAGCAGGACAUUUUGAGACGACUAGGGGCAAGCUUAUAAGACGCUUAAAGAGGUAUGGGCUGGGGUCUGAGAACACGUUUUUUAAAGAGGCAGAGAUAAAGUCACUUGUUAAGGGCCUGGUGAGGUCUUCCUCUGGGAAAGAACAUGCACUCCUGCUCUCCACCAUUGUCCUUUCUGGCUCCUCCAGGUUCCCUUGUUCCCGGACCCCCUGUUCCCAGACUAUGGCCCCCAGUGCCCUGUAGACCUGGCGGGACCCCCCUGCUUGCGACCCCUAUUUGGGGCUCUGGGUGGCUACUGGAGGGCCAUGCAGAGGGGCAGAGAAGGCAGAACCAUGGCAUCUAGGGCCUCUGAACCUCCCCCAGGGCGCAGCGUGACAGCGGGCAUCAUCAUUGUUGGAGAUGAGAUCCUCAAGGGACACACUCAGGACACCAACACCUACUUUCUGUGCCGGACACUGCGCUCCCUGGGGGUCCAGGUGUGCCGAGUCUCUGUUGUACCGGACGAGGUGGCCACCAUUGCAGCUGAGGUCACCUCUUUCUCCAGCCGCUUCACCCACGUCCUCACGGCAGGGGGCAUCGGCCCCACUCAUGAUGAUGUGACCUUUGAGGCAGUAGCACAGGCCUUUGGGGAUGAGCUCAAGCCACACCCUGAGCUGGAAGCCACCAUCAAAGCCCUAGGAGGGAAGGGCUGGGAGAAGCUGUCCCUGGUGCCCACCUCUGCUCAUCUGCAUUACGGCACAGAUCCUCAUACUGGCCGCCCUUUCAAAUUCCCUCUGGUCUCUGUCCGAAAUGUCUACCUCUUCCCAGGAAUUCCAGAGCUGCUGCGGCGGGUGCUAGAGGGGCUGAAGGGACUGUUCAGAAACACAGCUGUGCAGUUCCACUCACGGGAGCUGUUUGUGGCAGCAGAUGAGGCCUCUAUUGCCCCCAUCCUGGCUGAAGCCCAAGCCCACUUUGGGCGCAGGAUUGGCCUGGGUUCCUACCCUGACUGGGGCAGCAACUACUAUCAGGUGAAGCUGACUCUGGACUCAGAGGAAGAAGGGCCCCUGGAGGAAUGCUUGGCUUACCUGACAGCCAGUCUGCCCCAGGGAUCUCUGGUUCCCUACAUGCCCAACACUGUGGAGCAGGCCAGUGAGGCUGUAUACCAACUCACCGAAUCAGAGUCUUCUCUGGGGGAAAAGGUAGCAGGUGCCCUGCAGACCAUUGAGACUGCCCUGGCUCGGUACAGCCUCACCCAGCUGUGUGUCGGCUUCAAUGGGGGCAAGGACUGCACUGCCCUCCUGCACCUCUUCCAUGCAGCUGUGCAGAGGAAAUAUCCUGAAGCCCAAGAAUCCAUCCAGAUCCUGUACGUCCGAGGUGUCUCCCCUUUCCCUGAGCUGGAGCAGUUUCUACAGGAUACCAUCAAGAGGUAUAAUCUGCAGGUGCUGGAGGCCGAUGGUGACAUGAAGCAGGCCCUGACUGAGCUGCAGGCACAGCACCCCCAGCUAGAGGCCGUCCUGAUGGGCACCCGCCGCACCGACCCCUACUCCUGCAGCCUCUGCGCCUUCAGCCCCACCGACCCAGGCUGGCCAUCGUUCAUGCGCAUCAACCCACUGCUGGUAAUGGGGAAGAGGACUCAUUACCUUCACAUAUCCAAUCCAGUACACCUUGGCCUUCCUAGGAUUGGACCUACAGAGACAUCUGGGACUUUCUGCGCCAACUGUUUGUCCCAUACUGUAUCCUGUAUGACCGAGGCUACACGUCACUGGGAAGUCAGGAGAACACUGUGCGAAACCCAGCCCUGAAGUACCUGAGUCCAGAAGGGCAACCCACCUACCGCCCAGCCUACCUACUUGAGAAUGAAGACGAGGAGCGUAACUCCCGGACAUGACCUCCAAUCCCGGAGGGAAGGAAGGAGGCUGUCCCAGGGUGUGACCUGUCAAUAAAC